AUGGCUGCCCGGCCUAGUGCUAUCAUUGAGGGGGGAAUUACUCCCCAGAUCGCGAAUCUAGUGGCGGUGGUUCGCAAAGAUCACCAAGGUGUAGCUUCUCGACCGACAUAUCCUGAAUUAGACGAGUUCCAAUCAGGCAGUUCCUCUCCCACGAGAGGAUAUCCAUCAUCAUCACCCAGAGCGGUGAAAACGCUACUAAAUUCGACAGACGUUGAGAGCCUUUCAGCGUCUCUCGGUUUACCUCGUGACCACGAAAGAGCACAGGAUCCAGCCGGUCUUGUUACGGCAGAUGUGGCACCAAGUCUUUCGAAUCCUCCGAGGAAUAAAUGGCGUUUUUUGAGUGCCUGCAUGAUGUUCCUGGCCAACGGUUUGGGGGAUAGUGCCCCUGGUGCAUUGAUUCCAUACAUGGAGGAGGAUUAUCACAUCGGAUAUUCGACCGUGUCGUUGAUUUUUGUCGCCAACGCCGUAGGAUUCAUCUUGGCUGCACCGCUCACUCAUGCUGUCAGCAGUCGACUUGGCCGCUCGAAAACGUCCAUGAUAUGUCAAGCACUCCUACUCACAGCGUUCACCCUGAUUGUCUGCAAAGUACCCUUCCCGGUCGUCGUCGUGAGCUCCUUGCUUAUCGGGCUCGGUACGUCCAUCAACAUUUCCCUGAACAAUGUCUUCUUGGCCAAUAUGGUAAAUGGGACUGAAGUCUUGGGCGUCGCUCACGGAUCUUAUGGCAUCGGCGGAACAAUUGCUCCACUGAUCGCUACCGCAAUGGUAUCGCAUGGGAUCCAGUGGACGUACUUCUACUUCAUUAGCCUGACUCUGGCUGUCUUCAAUCUCUUAUACUCAGGUUGGGCUCUUAAAGGAUUUGAGAAAGAGCUGCCAGGCCAACUUGUCCCAUGUGUUCGUGGAACAGCAUUCGUCCAGGACGAGGCGCAGCAGCCCGCCCAAAAAAGUGUCCUGAGAAAGGCUGUCAAAAGCAAAGUGACUCUUCUGGGGGCGUUGUUCAUAUUUGCAUACCAAGGUGCCGAGGUAUCGAUAUCCGGUUGGAUUGUCUCAUACCUGAUAAGUUAUCGAGACGGAGACCCGGCUCAUGUUGGAUACGUUAGCUCCGGUUUCUGGGCGGGCAUUACUAUCGGCCGUUUUGCUCUCUCCCACCCAGCCCAUCGCGUCGGAGAAAAACUAUCAGUCUUCGUGCUUACGCUGUGUGCUAUUAUAUUUCAGCUGCUUGCAUGGUUCAUCCCGAACACUAUUGGACAGGCGGUCGCAGUCGCCAUCAUUGGAUUGAUUCUGGGUCCUGUUUACCCCUGUGGAGCCGUGGUUUUCAGCAAAUUGCUCCCUCGCAACAUUCAAACGGCGAGUUUGAGCUUCAUAACCGCAAUGGGAAGUAGUGGCGGUGCCUUUGCUCCGUUCAUUACCGGUCUCCUCGCGCAGCAUCUUGGCACAGUAGUUUUACAUCCUAUCUGUCUGGUCCUCUACGCCAUGAUGCUUGUCAGUUGGUGCUGCUUGCCAAGAAUUGCGAAACGUUCCGACUGA